AUGCGCGGCGAGGACAUCGUCGGCGCCUACGCGUCGGCCCUCGGCGGCGACGCGCCGGCGAGCGCCGGCGGGCGCACCGCGCGGCAGCGCGCGUCCGACGACGAGCGCCUCGGCCCCGCCGCGCGGCCGCGCGCGGGCUCGCCGCGGCGCGACGCGCGCAAGGAGACCUGGGAGCCCGAGCGCCUCGAGCGCACGAUCCUCGCCCGCGUCGAGGAGCGCGCCGCGCGGUCCCUGUCGGGCUACCGCUACCUGCGCUGCGCCAUGUUCCUCCGGUCGUUCUUCGGCGACGGCGUCGACGCGGUGUCCGCGGGCCAGUUCGGCGCGCUGCUCCGGGCCAAGCUCGGCAUCCACGUCGAGGACGCCGACGUGGUCCGGCUCUGGGUCCAGCGCUUCGGCGCCAAGUCCGGCGAGCACCGCCUCGCGAGCCGCCACCUCAUCGUCAAGUUGACGCCCAAGGACCGGGCGGGCGGGCCGGCCUGGGACGCGAACGCGUUCGCGGACCGCGGCGCGGCCGUGUCGCCGCGGGAGCGCGAGCGCGACGUGGCGUCCGGCGAGACGGCGGAGCAGAUCGAGCGGUUGAUCCGCGACCGCCUGGACCAGAAGAUGCGCAAAUUAUCGAACUUCCGCUAUCAAAACGCGUACGCGGUCUUCCAAGACGACAGUUCCUCGGGCAAGGCCGCGCGCAAGGCCGUCACGCGCGAGGCCUUGAAGGAGCGGUUGGCGGCGAAGCUCGACGUGCGCCUCAGCGCGUCCCAGCUCGACGCGCUCUUCGCGCGCUACGACGUCGAGGGCCGCGGCGCGCUCGACGUCCGGGAUCUGGUGCGGCGCCUCGUGCCCAGCGACUUCCCCGGCGCGUCCCCGCGCCGCGAGGCCGAGAAGCCCGCCAAGGGAACCAAGAUGGGCGCGCUCCACGUCCCCCGGGCCGCGCGGCCGCGGCCGCUCGCGGACCCGUCGUGGACCGUCGACGACGUCGAGGCGCUCCUCCGGUCGAAGAUCGCGGGCAGCCGCCGGCCCCUGGCCCACUACGAGCACCAGAAUGUGUACCGCGUCUUCAGCCGCGCGCCGCCGGACGCUUCCGCGCCGCCGGCCAAGGGCCACGCGAACAAUUUGACGUGCGGACGCUUCGCGGCCGUGCUCGAGCACGCGUUCGGCCUCGCGCUCACGCCGCCCCAGGCCACGCGCCUCUUCCUGCGCUACGACCCGUCGGGUUUGGGCCGCCUCGGCGUCAUCAUCCCCAACAUGCUCCCCAAGGACUGGACGCCGAACUGCGGCGUGCUGCCGAAAAAGCCGGGCGCCGCGGCCGCGCCGCAAACGUCGCCGGGCCGGAACCCGCUCCACCUCGUCGAGUUCCCGCCGGAUCUGGCCGCCGCGGCGCCGCCGCCGUCGGCGAAGAAGAAGCAGGCCGCGCCGGCGCCCGGCGGCGCGGCGCCCGACGCGCGGCCCGCGCGGCCCGCGCCGCGGCCCGCGAGCCCCGAGGCGAAGAAGAAGCAGAAGACCGAGCCCGCGCGCGCGCCGCCCCGCGUCGCCGUCCACGCCGAGGACUUCUCCUCCGUCCCCGCCGCCGCGAAGCCGCCGCCGAAGCGGCCGAGCUCCGCGCCGGCCGCGCGGCGCCGCGCGCCGCCGCCGGCCGCGGCGCCCGCGGCCGCGCCGCGGCCGCCGACCGCGGGCGCGCCGCGGCCCCCGGACAAGGGCGUCGGCGCCGUCCGCUACCGGGCCCACGUCUGCAACGACAAGGUCCGCGACCUCCUCAAGGUCCGCGGCCUCAACGUGGGCCCGAAGCACGCCGCCUCCUGGGACGCGGCGCCCGCGGACGAGGGCCUCUGGGGCACGUUCAAGACCGUGGGCCGCGUCGUGCUCGUCAUCGGGGCGACGUUCAGCUCGCUGGCCGUGGGCGUCGUGCUCAAGCUCUUCGUCUUCCCCGUGGACCAGGUCAUCGGCCGCACGUGGAUGGACCGCUACGUCGUCGGCGCGUGGGCCGACGGCGUCGUCGGCGGGCCCGUGUUCCCGCGGGGCUGCCGGCUCAAGCUCAGCGGCGAGCUGCCGCGGCCGGACCACCGCGCGGGCCUGCUCAUCGCGAACCACCAGCUCGACACGGACUGGUUCUACCUCUGGGACAUGCUCCGGGUCGUGGGCGCGCACGGCGCGCUCAAGAUCGUGCUCUUGGACGACAUGCGGUCGGUGCCCAUCGUCGGGUGGUGCAUGCGCCUCGUGGGCUUCAUCUUCGUGUCGCGGCACCGCAAGCGCGCGCGGCAGCAGGACGACGUCGCGGAGAUCGAGCGCGCCGUCGCCGAGGUCGCGGAGGCGCGGCGGCCGUCCGUCGUGCUCCUGUUCCCCGAGGGGACGACGGCGAACGAGGAGGCGAAGCGCAAGGCCGAGGCCUACGCGAAGCGCAUGCGCCGCCCGGCCCACGAGCUGCUGCUCGUGCCGCGCUGCGGCGGCUUCGUCGCGGCGAUCCGGGGCUUCGUGAGCCGGGGCGUGCUCGUCGAGGACGUGCUCGUCUACGACUCGACGAUGGCCUACGCGGGCUACGGCGGCGAGGUGCCCGCCUGGGACAUGGGCUUCGAGCGGUCCGACGACGUCCAGCUGCCCAACGUCGCCAAGCUCUUCAAGGGCGACCACGGCGACCACGUGCGCCUCCACACCGUCGCGUACCGGGCCAGCGAGGUCUUCGCCGACGGCGCCUACGCGACGCCCCUGGAAGCUUUGCGGAGCCACGAGGCCGAGCGCAUCGCCGCGGCCUGGCUCGACGCCCGCUGGGCCGAGAAGGACGCCAUGAUGGUCCACUACGCGGAGCACGGCGACUUCCCCGGCGCGGGCGACGUCGUCGAGGUGCUCAAGCCCGCCGAGUACCUGCCCUUCGGGUUGCUCACCGCGGGCUGGCUCGCGGCGGCGGCGGCCGCGACGCUCGCGCUGCUGGUGGCGACGCUCCUCGCCAUGCCCGCGCUCUUCGUCGCGGCGCUCCUGGGCACCCUGGUCGUCGCGUGCGUGCUGCCGUUCGUCGCCUGCGCGGCGUGCGCGCUCGGGCCCUUGGCGCUCGGCGCGCUCGCGAUCAAGCACUGGCACGACGCGCAGCCGAGCCGCGGCCGCGGCGGCGCCUUCGCGGACGCGGGCGACGACGACGACGACGUGCCCGUCUUCGGCGGGCCCGGGAAGAGCGGCGCGACGUCGGACGGCGCGGCGCAGGACACGCCCGUCGUCAUCUGA